AUGGAUUAAAUGAAUUAAAUGGCUAAUAACUUUUAAAUGAUACUACUGAUAGAAAAGAUAAUUAAAAAUUAGUCAGAAACAGAGAAUCGGCAAGAAACUCAAGAAAAAGAAAAAAAUAUAUUUAGAGUUAUUAGAAAAUAAAGUAAAAAAUUAUUUAAUUUUUUGUUAAAUUAAAAAAAGGUAACAUCUCUUUCUGAUAUUCUUGCAGAAUCAAAAAAAAUAUGUUAAUCUAGUGAAAACUUAUUAAAUAAUCUUUAAAAUUAAAUCUAAUGUAAAAACGAAUAACAAACAAAUAAAACUAUUUUAUUAUCAAACCUAAAAAAUGCAUUAAAUAGUAAUGCAAGUGAAAGCGAUAUUGCAACUAUUAUAGAUGUUCUAAAAAAAAAGUUUGGUUCUAAUAAUCCUGAUAAACUUAUGAUUUUAGAUUAUUGUUUUAAAUAAAUCACUGAAUAGAUGUUACCUGUCCAUGUAAAAUACAUUCUUUAUGCUGCUUCAGAAAAUAAAGAUAUAUUUUCAAAAGAAAAUGAAAAAGAAGAUGAUUAUAAUUAAUAAGAUAAAAAUUAAGAACCUGAAUUCCCUAAAAUAAUUUAAUCAUUAUAAUUAUCAGAAAAAUAGAAAACUAAAGCACUCAAAAUGCAAAAAAAGUUAACAAAAGAAAAUGAAAAACUUGAAAUUUUAGUUAAUUAAAUGUAUGAAACCAAACAAAAAAUGAAAAAAGAAUUGAGCACUUUAGAUGACACUAUGUAAAACUUAAUAAAAGAAUUUAAACCUUCAUAGAUAGCUAAAUUUAUUUUGAAUAUUGAAUAAUCGUAACAUCAAUCUAUGAUGAAAAACUCAUUUUAGAAAUUCUUUUAGGCUGAUAAUUAGGAUAGUGAUGAUGAUAGCGAAAAUGAUCUACAAAGCUUUAUUUAAAACUAGGACACUUAUAAUACUUUAAUGGUUGAUGUUAAUGAAGCUUAUGAUGUUUAUACAGAUGCCUAUGAGUUUUUGCAUAAAAAAAGACAUCUUUUUUCCGAAAGUACAAAUAAUUUACAAAAUUAAAAUGCUCCUAAUAAUAAUGAUUCAAAUUGA